CUUCACACUGAGAAGAGGAACACACACACAAGACAGACAGAUUCUCACAACCUGAGAAGAGAGGGAACUGCUGCAAAAACAAGCCUUCCACUGAUAACUUACAGGACUAAUUUCCACCAUUCAAGACACAAGCAUGAAUACUAAAGUCCAGUGCAUCAUCCUCCUGAUCUGCAUUACUAUUUGCACAUCAGCAGUUAUUAGGACCAAUUGCAGAUGUGUAACAACAAUCAGAGGUGUGGAUCCCCUUCGCAUCAAUGGACUCGAGAUUUAUGAUCCACGUCCAUAUUGUAACAAGCAAGAAAUCAUUGUGAUGCUGAAAGAUGGGCCCCCACAGUGUCUCGACCCUACUGGCAAAUUUGCCCAAGCACUAGUGGAAACAACACAAAGGAAGAUGAAGCCGGUGAUAUAAUGCGGAUUGCGGGCGUGUAUAUUUUUUUCACAACUCUGCUGAAGUGCCAAUUCCUAAGAGGAGAGAGCAGCACGCCUGUCUAGUGUGUAGUAGGUGUGGUUUGUGCGUGUUUCUAGAAAGUGAAAAAGAGGAGAAACAGGACUGAAACACGUCACACAGUUCCAUUUCAUGUAUUUUGUAAAAAAGUGUGGCUCAGUUUUGCAAAUUAGCAGCUGAAACUGACUAAUACCUGAGCUUCGGCACAUUUAAAACAAAGUACUGGAAGUCAGGGAUGUACAUGUUCUUACCCUGGAGAGAUGGAAAGCUCUGCCUUCAGUUAGUGAUGUAAAUACACUGAUGAUGUGUUUGAUUCAACGCUGCAUUACAUACUGGUUUCCCUUGUGUUCCUAUUUAGUGCAUCUUGUAGCAAAUAGUCUGUCAUCUUUCAAAUAUGAUGUUUAUGUCUUUGUUCAAGUUGACGGAUAAUUAUGUGAAAGUGUGUAAUGUCUACUAAUUGUGCAGUAUAUUAAGAUGAUAACCAGUGUUUUGUAUAAAUGUUUCUUUUUUUUAUACAUGUAUUUACUGUUUAAUGUGUAUAUUUCACACUGUUUGUACACCAUGUUUCUUGAUUUUAUCCGGAAUCAGCAUGAUCCUUGCUAUUUGGUACUAGGAUUGAAGAGCCCCAAAAACUGCAAAAAAAUAAACAAGCCCUUGUAUUAUAUGUAUUAUAUGUAUAAAUAAAAACUGUUUCCAAUUCAAAG